AAAGCCACGUGGCAGCAUUGACUUUUCCCGCGCGUAGUGGUCGCCAAGUAAACAGGGGAUAACAAACUGAGCAACCAAUGUGAGAGAUCUCUUUUACAAGUUAGUUAAGUUUCGUGUAAUAGAUCGACAGAGAGAGAGAUCCCAAAAUAAUCAAAUCUGAGACGAUGCCGUACUACACCAGCAACGACGAUGACGUGGAUGACUUCAACGACUACGAUCCGACGCCGUAUAGCGGAGGCUAUGACAUAACCGUGACGUACGGCCGCUCAGUCCCUCCUUCCGACGAGACUUGCUACCCUCUCUCCUCUCGCUCCGGUGAAGCCUUCGAGUACCAGAGGCCCGUGUUUUCUUCCAGCAAGGAGCCCGCUGCUUACGGCGACCAGGCUCUCAACACCGAGUACAGCAGCUACGCCCGACCCAAGACCCGACCCGGAGGUCACGGAGGCGCUCACGUCGAAGGUGGGAAGAAGCCGGAGCACGGUGGAUCUGGAUCUGACUUUGGCCGGAAACCUGAUUCCGGGAGAACGGAGGUUGAGUACGGACGGAGGCCUGAGUCUGGUGGUUAUGGCGGAGGAAGAACGGAGGUUGAGUAUGGCCGGAAACCUGAAUCGGAGCAUGGAUCUGGCUAUGGUCAUAGCAAGGAUGGAGAUGAUGAUAAGAAAGAGAGCCACAAAAAAAACAGUGGCAAGGACUGUGAUGAUGAGAAGAGCAAGAUGAAGGAGAAGAAGAAGGAUAAGGAUAAGAAGAAAGAUGGAUAUAACUCGGGGGAUGAUGAGAAGAAGAAGAAGGACAAGAACAAGGACCAUCAUGAUGAUUAUGAUGAGAAAAAGAAGAACAAAAACAAGGACCAUGAUUAUGAUGAGAAAAAGAAGAAGAAGGACUAUCAUCAUGGUAGUGAUGAUGACAAGAAGAAGAAAACGGACUAUCAUCAUGGUAGUGACGAUGACAAGAAGAAGAAAAAGGACCAUUAUGAUGACAAGAAGAAGAAGGAUCAUUAUGGUAGUGAUGAGGAGAAGAAGAAGAAUAAGAAGGAUAAGCAUUACAAGGGACAUCGUGAAUACGAUGACUAGAAACCCCCCCCCUUCUUCCUACAUAAGGGAUUACACAUCUCCCAAGUAACCCACGCACACUUCUCUCUAAGUUUGAUGUCAAUUGUUGUUUUGUUUUUGGUUUCCCAUUUGUGCUACCUUCUAUAAGACAUGAAAUUAUGCAGUAUGAGUUUUCUAGUGAUGCAUUUUGGUUUGAACAUUU